UGGCAGACCAGCCCAGCCCAGACAAAGUCGCGAGAACCACCAGAUCACGCACCUCCAACCCUCGGCACCACCGAUCCCCUUCCCCUCCGCCGCCGCCGCACCUCGUCGUCGUCGGUGGCGAUGAUUCCGCAGAGCCAGAGCAGCUCCCUGCAGCGUCUCCACUACGUCGAGAAUCGGAUAGUGCGGGUGCUGGAGCUUGCGGGGGCGGUGAUGGAGGAUCUGGGAAACCCUCAGGGCCCUCGCACCGAUGCAGUCGGCGCGCACUGCCGCGAGUUCAUGCUCGCUAUGAAGGAAAUUCAAACUACUUUGCGUGAGGAAAUCAAGAGUGCUUGUGAAUAUCGUCCGUUUGAAAAGUGUGAUUACAGCGCAAGGAUUGCUAAUGAGAUAUGUUGUAAGAAGCUGGAGUAUGUAAUCGAGAAGUUGGAUACUGUGCAACAGAACCUUGAGCAGAGUAAUGAUGAUGUUUAGUGAGCUGCCUACAUAUUGGUUUGGGAGUAACAUAUAUCUGAUCGAGCACUAUAUGGAAGGAACGUAGAAGCUUUCUAUCAUCAUCAACUUAUAAUAGCAGGAUGCUUUGCCCAACUCUAGGACUUUGUCUUUUGGUUUGUUUGUAGUGCAUUCUUCGGGUACAGGGUUCAUAGUUACUGAUUCCCAGUAGCAUAGGUCUUGGCUCGAGAAGAAUAGGAGUAACAUCCUUGGGCUUAAAAUGAGGGAUGCUAAUGCACUGUAUUAGCUGAUAAGAAUUUGCUCUUCUGUAUCACAUACACUUGCUUCAUCCUUAGAACAUGCCUUUUGCUUUAUUGUUAACGCAUUCUUGUGUGCUGCUGAUGGUCUUAGCAGGUAAAACAUAAAAAACAUUUAUCUGUCAAUAAACUUGAAGUCUAUGGCUUAUAGAAAAGGAUUGGGUAUGCCACCACAACAAUCUCUUGGAGGUUUAUAUUCCGUUCUAUGAUUUUCAAUGUAAUCUUUGGAGUGUUCUUUUUCAAAAUAAAAAUAAAAAUAAAAAUGCAAGCUUGUUCCUUAAUCAAGCGACCAAUCAGGUGAACAACAUGCCCAAUUCAAGGAUGGAAAGUACCAUUGCAUGUGAGGUCAAGGAGUGUGGUGGACACAAGAUGUUAGCAGACACUCUUAAGGUUAUAUGUGACAUUUACAACAAGUACCUUAGGGAACAUACUUCUGCCAAAGAGGGAAAGGACCCACCAGGUGGAUUCAGAUGAGAGAUGGUAGGAAAGCCAUGGGGUCAUGGGGACACUGCUGCUCUUAAGGGAACUUGGUGAAGGCUCUUCAGGGCUCACUCAGGGCUAUGGCUGUUAUACAUACUUCGACCACUUGACUAGAGAGUACUGCAGCAGUAGUUAUGGAGAAUGGAAGCCCAAGCAUUAGAGCUAGUGGCCAACCUCCAUACAUGUGCCCAUGUAAUGCAACACACUACUGAUUCCCAGAGAAUGGAGAAUAGGGCUUAACCUGAGUUCUGAUCUAAAUUCAGUCAUUGAUGUCAGUUGAUGAGGAUGAGACCACAUUCCUCAUGCAGAAGAGGGUAUAGGAGUUGAGGGAGACAAUGGACCACGACUGCAUUGCCUAUAUAGCCACAUCUUUGGCAGUUGAGGUCCUGGAACCAUCUGCGAACAAGGAACCAGCAUCCGCAUCUACACAACUGGUAUAGAAGAUGAGGUGGACCAAAUGCUUCUGUUGUUUUAGCCAUCUAUUCUUCCGCAAUCUACUGGCAUUAGAUCAGUCAAGUGUAGAGCGGAGAAUAUAGCAAAUUAUCCUGCUGAAAAUACACGGUGAGCCAAAUAACUGCACUUGACAAUUGCAUGAUGAUGAUGGUGAACUCCUGAAUGAGUUAGGGAACUGGUAACUAUCUCUUUCUUUGUUCAUUUUGAAGCAUAUCUAUGUCCAUCUUUUUGUAUCUCUUCAUGCUGCCAUUUAUCUUUCAAUUCGCAACUGAAGCAGCAUUUUGAAUUAAGAAUCAAUCUGAGGGAUUCACUUUAUAGAGACUAAAUUGAUCGCGAGGGGAAAAUUAUGAGAUUGGUGUGCAGUGACUAGAGUACCCCCAUAUAAAGGGAUCGACGACUGUUUUAGUUUAUAGAGACUAAACUGAUCCCCAGGGAAAAUUAUGAGAUCAGAAGCACUGACUAGAGAUUCUGCUAUUGGUAUAACUGCAUCCAUGACUGCAGUUUUCUUUAUUAGACAACUAGCUGGUAUACCUGCAAGGUAUCAUUGUUAGAUUCAAUACUAUUAGAAUUGAAGUUAAUUAACAAUAUAUUGAUGUAGCACAGGACAUGUAGAAGCAAAUUGUUGAUUGCAACAAUUGGUUUGCAUUGUCAUUAGUGGAUGCCUUAAACUCAUGCAAAUGUUUUGAAGCAUACAUUAUCUAUGUUACAAUUGCUUAAUGUAAAAACUAAAAACUUGAUCUUGGGCAUGGGCAUGGCCCUAUCCUUUGACCACUGCAGAAAACAUGAUCCAAGAGAGACAAAGGAGAACUUAUGGACUGCUUACCGCCUUUUUCUCUAAAAAAUUUUCAUAUAUGACCUAUGCAAUGGAAAAUCAGAUUAGGCACCUAAGUUGAGCCAAGAGUGCCUAUCCAAUGGAAAAUCAGAUUAGACACUCCAAGUAUGCCUUAUCUGCUAGCUAAGAUGCCAUGUGUUUUACCUUUUUGCAGAACCAGUGUUUAUGAUUUGAAUCACAAUUAAGGACCACCAUAGAUCAGAUGUUUUUCUCAUCUCUAUUCUUUCACUAUAUCUCAGUGUGCAGGCGGGGCGGGUUGCGGCUAGCUGCAAAUCCGCGAAGCUCGCCACUAAUAUAUUUUGCGGGUUUGAGGAUGUCCGCAAGAUUUAACACGCGGACAACAAACAGUUAGUGGGCCUUGUGGCAGAAAAUUUUAACCCGCAUAUCCCGCAUCGAAGGCAGCUAGCUUGCUUGCCCGGAGACCUGGACACGCAACUCCAUUUAAUUCACCCUGCUCACCAACGCAACGCUCCCCUGCACGCCGACCGCGAGCUCCGACUGCCGCCGACGCGCUCCCCCAGCUCGCCACCACCUCGCUCCCGCGCCGCCGCUGCGGGCCGCGAGCUCCGACUGCCGCACUCCACAAGCUCGUCAAGCGCUACCAGUGCCGCCCGCAGUCCUGCAAGCUCCACCGGCCGCCGCUACUCCCGUGCGCCGCGCUGCUGCUGCCCCGGCGCCGUUGCUGCCGGCCCCGCUCCCCCACACCGUGCACGCGCGGCUGCCGCGAUGCCGCCGCUGCCGGCCUCGCUCCCCCGUACCGUGCGCCCCGUGGCGUGCCGCCGUUGCUCCUGUGGGUGGGAGAGAGGUGGAGGGCUGCGUGAGAGAGUGCUGAAGGGAGAAAGAAGGUUGGAGAAGGACGGAUGGGGUCGAUUGUGGUGGGAAUGUCAACGAUGGUGGUGGCUGCGACUGCUAGGUCCUCGCGAGCUCGGUCGUGGGUUCUUGCGGGUUUGUUAUUUUGUCCGUGGGUUGUAGCCAGCAGUUCAGUAGCAGCCCACUAAUGUUUUGCAGCUGGAUCGCAUAAACCACAAAAGAUAAUUUUGCGGGGCGGGUUUGAGGGUUCGUAGAAAAACCUGCCCCGCCUGGAACGUGAACUAUAUCCUAUCAGCUGACAUACUUAAUCUCAUUUUAAUAUAUAGAUUCAUCACCAUACAUAAAACCAUAAUGAGAUUUAUGUAAUGUCUUACUGACAAGAGUUCCAAAUAUAAAUUUAUCAUAAUAGAGCACGAACUAUAGAUAAAAUAGUUUGGGAUAUAUAAUCAUCAAACGCAAUCUCAGGCAUGGUUGAUAAUUAUCAUUGAUAUGAUUUUCAACAUUAUUUGGAGAGACAUUCAGAUUAUUCCCAUGUCACGAUCAGUGAAGCAGUUGGAGUGAAGAUUAUAGCGAUGAGAGAUUGCGGGGCCCAGAUGCAUAACUGCACACUUGAACUUGGGUGGGGCCAUGUCGCCGGCGACACCCAUGAACAAGGCAUGGGUUUAACUGCUUGAUCCUCAUUGAUAAUCAGGGUGACAUUAUAUAGUCCCCUUUCCUGCUACAACCUGAGCACAGACUCUUGAAUAUUUUAGAACUAACAGACUCCUGGACCAAAACAACUCCAAAGCAAAUCAAACUAAUACUAACUGACCAACUCGACUAACAUGAUGAAGAAACCACCGAUAGACUCCUUGAGCUUGCGUCUGGCCUAGGGGCCCCAACUCCGUUGGCAUCACCACUAGGAGCAGGGUUGGUGUUAAGCUAGACAUUUAGUUGAUUCGGUCAUUGAUCAUGCGCUGUAUCUCAACUAACUUGUCAUGGAAAAUUUUCAAAUCCUCAUAUCCCUUUCCCUCAAAGUCGCCAUUUAGCAUGCCCACCAGCUUCGGGUCACAAUUCUUCAUCCUGGCCAUUUGCUCCUCACCUUGGCGGUUUGCAGCCUCUAACUGUUUCCUCAGCUCUGCUUCCUCUUUCAUGAGCUUUUGCAUCACAGUCAUCUUAGCAGUGCCUUUGCUAUUGCUAGCAUGAUCUACAAAGAAGCAGUUGGUGUGAGAGUUGAGAGUCUGAUAGAAUAUUGGUUAAAGUAGUAAUGCGUACUGGUGGAUGAUAAGAUGAUACCUGUGUUUUGUUUGUCCAUUCUCGAUGAACCCUUCACAAUUCGCUACGCAAUGUAUUCUAGUGCCUGUCUUCUAUCUGUGUGUGAAAGCAAUGUGCAAAGACUAUGGUGUACCUUGACGACGCGCAUGCCCUUAUAUAGAGAUUUGUAUGUUUAGGUGGUAUUAAAUUUUUAAAGGAGUAAAUUAAUGCAUUCUAAAUUGUACCGUCUAAAGAUUGGAUCCAUCCAGCUCUGAAAUCUUGGUAGGCAUGAUAUAUAACACUGGCAUGGAAUCCAAGGUACUUUUUAGCAGGUAGUAAUUGCUGAAAGGCGUAUAUUUAGUAGGAUUCGAUGUGUGCAAAAUUUGACUGCAGAAAGUUUGGAUACAGCCAAUCUGGAAAAAUAUAUGGGAAUGGAAGAUGAUACCGGCUUAGAAACAAAAAGCGCAUUUUUAGCAGGUAGGAAAUGUGCAUAUUUGGUGUAUCAUGUACUGUAGCUAUUAAAUGUGUAGAUGUAGGACUAUUCAAGUUAAUUAGGAACAUUUUUUUUGAGUAUUUUGUCACUUUUCUGGUGAGUGUUCAUUGCAGAUUGUAUGCAUAUAUUUUGGAGGAAUAUUUCCAGAGUGAGAAAUAGGUUGCCUUAACAAAUCCUACUUGCCUUGGCUACCUUCUUUACCCUUGCACACCCGUCGAGUAAAACAAGAAGACCUUGCUCAUUCAGCACUAAGGGAGUGACAACCCAAUUUUUUUUCUGUUAUCACUGUAGCUAGAUCAAGAUAUGGCAUGGCACCAGGAGGGUUGCAGCUUAGCCCUUGCUUAUUUAAUAUGGUGCGUCGCCAAAGGGGUCAUGACCCAAACAACAAUUUAAACCUGGUUUCAUCUGCAUAAGAGUAAUAAAGUUUCUCGUUGACUUUGCAUCUCAAAUUUCAGUGCUUGGGACUGUCUAUAUUGAAACCACUAAUAUGUACUUAGGUCUCACAAGUUAUGAUUUUACGAGUGCUAAUAUGCAGGCUUGCAAAUUACUUUUUAGCAGUAUAGCAUUGACCUUUUCUGUUUACUGCGUUUUUGGCAUCUAAACUACACUGGAAUACAUUGCUCUCACUUUUCAGCUAUUGCAGAUUGAACAAAUCUAUAUGAAUAGAGAAUGCAUGAAUUGGAAGCAAGGUGAAGAAGAUAUGUCUUCCCCAGACAAGGAAAAUAGUUGUGUUUGUCGUUGCAGGUAGAUGUUUCCUUCGACUCUGCAUUUCUUAGCAAUUUUGCAGCCUAAGAAUGUUACUCUUAGGCAGCACAUUUUGCCAUGAACCAAGAUAAUUCCUUCGGGGUUUAGGGAAGCUAGAAGUUGCCUGUGCGAAUUGGCACAUAACCAUCCCAGGGUGCUGAGACACUCGUAUAGAUGCCUGGUCGACUUUCUGAUGGACAAAUGGUCUAGUGCCCUGUUUGUUGGUUAAUGCAUGUACUGAGUUGUUCCUGAUCUGAGUAAGUGCUGUUUGACAACAUCAGAAGGCGAGGCUUAGCUAUCAGUAUCACAUUGGGCGUGCUUCUCCGCAACCUGAUUUCUGGGUGCCCAAGCAUAGUAUUCAUGUUAAUAGAAACUCUCCAACUUUGACUCGCCACCCUAAACUGGUUUCCCAUUUAUUCGAAGUCAGGUAUGAUCGAUUGGUUCAUUGAGUUGUUUGUUGAAGUUAAAAUUCAGUGCCACCUCAGAAUUUUUGAAGCUGUCUGUCAAUUAAUCCAUGGGCUGUAUCAGGGCACAGUUUCUUUGCUUGAUGGUACCUUGCAGACUGAGAUGGCUGCAAUUUUUACCCAUUUGGUUUUGUAUUUAACAAUUGUAAUGACCUUUCAUACCAACAAAAAAUAUUCUGUGAUCUGCUAA